CUCGAAAUAAUCACGAUGAUUCCUAUCACAUCAUCGGAUACAAAACCAAUCGUAGUGGAAAGCGCCACCCAAUCGGUCAAGGUUCUUGAAGAUAUUAAGUUUGCAGAAUAUGCAUCGACCGAAUCCAACCAUGACACAGUCCGAGAUCCUGAAAGUGGCUUGAAACGCACUUUGAAAUCAAGGCAUUUGGCUAUGAUCUCGAUUGGUGGUGUCAUUGGACAAGGUCUUUUCCUUUCGUCCGGUGCUAAUUUAGCAAAAGCAGGUCCUGCAGGUUUACUGAUUGCAUAUGCAGUGGUCGGCUUUAUCGUAUUCUGGGUUGCUUUCCAAUUAGGCGAAAUUGCGGCCUAUAUACCGAUUUCUGGCUCUUUCACUGUCUAUUGUCGUCGCUUUGUUGACAAGUCGUUUGGCACGGUGAUUGGAUACAACUACUGGGCAUGUUGGUCUAUUAUUGUGGCUGUCGAGCUAGUAGCGAUACCGCUCGUCAUGCGCUUCUGGACGGACCGCGUCCCUGACUGGGCAUGGUCAGCGAUUUUUCUGGUCAUCAUGUUUUGUAUGAACCUAUAUGGUGCCCGUUGCUGGGGUGAAAUUGAGUACUGGUUUAGUAUGGUCAAAAUCUUGGCAGUCAUUGUGUUUGUCAUUGUCGGUUGCUGUACAUCUGGGGGCCUGGUUGGAGACCAAGUUUAUGGCUUCAAGUAUUGGAACGAUCCUGGUGCUUUCUCCAAUGGUGCUCUUGGCGUGAUUAAUGCUCUGGUACUUGCUGCAUUGACAAUGACAGGAACCGAUAUUGUUGGCGUAUCAGCGGGAGAGUCGUCUAAUCCUCGCAAGGCUAUUCCUGCUGCUGUGAAAAACGUCUUCUACCGUAUCAUCUGCAUCUAUGUUUUUUCAGUAUUUGUUAUGGGCAUGAUUAUCCCGUGGAACGAUCCUCACAACCUUCGAGCGGGAAACCGUGAUGUGAGUGUUUCGCCUUUCACCCUUGUAUUCCAAAAAGCGGGUCUUUCCGGUGCAUCACACGUUGUUAAUGCGGUGGUUUUGGUCACGCUUAUCUCUUGCGGCAACAGUGGGAUGUACGUCACGACCCGCACUUUGUGUGCCCUAGCGAACGAAGGCAUUGCCCAUCACAAAUUAGCCUAUGUGAACAAGCGCGGGGUUCCCAUCUAUGCGCUCCUGUGUACCAGUGCGGUUUCUCUUGUUUGCUUCUUGACCUCCUUUAUUCCCGGUGAAGCGCUCUUUUUGGUUUUAGCUGAUCUUGCGGGUAUUGCCGGCAUGAUAACGUGGACAGGUAUUGCAAUUUCUCACUACCGCUUCCGUAAAGCAUUCAUUGCUCAAGGGAAAGAUUUGAAUUCGCUCCCAUAUGUUGCUCCGGGACAUCCGUACAUGAAUAUUCUGGUCAUUGUCGCUUGUGUGGUCAUUAUCCUUAUGUCCGGCUGGUCGUACUUCGUUCCUGCCUCCGCCACUGGCUUGGUAGGAUCCUACGGCGGUGUCAUUCUUGUAGUCGUGGGGUUCAUUGUGCUCAAAUUUUGGACAAAAUCUAGACUUGUCCCACUGGCAGAAAUCGACCUCGACACUGACGUCCGCCAAUACAGUGCAGAAGAGUUGGAAAUCGAGAAAGAAGAAAACGCCUCGCGCGGUAUAUGGCAAAAACUCAAGCUCAUUUUCACGUAACAGUGAGAGUUAUAGGUUUACCUCUCCUUUUGUGCAAAAUUCUGUAGGCUUAUCAUACCAAAACAUCGCUUUCUCAUCGAUUCCCCCUACUUCUCUGUUUCCCAUUCAUUCAACUUUCAUCUUUUUCGCUCUUUUUACUGUAUAUUUUAACACUAGGCUUUGUAAUUUUUGUCCUAUCUAAAAAUUUAUAAUAAUAUCGAUCUGCA